AUGAACUGGUUUAUAUUUCUCUCUGUUAUUCUUGUACUUCUCUUUCAAGAAGGUCAAAGCUGUUUGAAAAGAAGAUCAACUGAUGAUGUUUGCGAAUGCUCAGAUUUUCUUGAUCUUGCUGCGUCAAUGUUCCAGAGGAACAAUGUGUUAUUCAGUGAAGGAUCUGGUUGUGUUAGAAAUGUCACAUGUGGUGCGCAUUAUUUCACUUACCUGACAACUCGUUUUAAUGUUUCUGAAAUAUCUGCUCCUGAUGACAUGAGUAAAAACUCAAAUCGCGCAGACCUUCAAACAGUUGAACUCGAAGGUAACUCGUCUGCGCCUACAGGACCACCACUGGAUUUGUUUUCUUUUUUUGGACUGGAUUGUGAGAAUAGUAAAUGGUACGCGACAAAGUAUCCAGCCGGAUUGGAAUAUGUAGACAUCAACGGAGAAUUGAAAUACUUAGGAGGCGGAGGCGAAUUCAAUGGAAAGAAAUCAGAAAUAAUGAAAUUUGCGUGGUGA